GCGAAUCCUUUGAAGAGUAGAUGGGCCUAAUCAAUUAUAGCAGUAAGAUUGGCCUCUGUUUAAUGGGCUCUGCCUUCCAGUUUACGCAAGGAGGAUAUGGAUGCAAUGCUUUCCACUGCUUUGUUUCUGCUAACACUUGUCAACUUAUUUGCAGGUAAAGGAAGCGCAGAGAAGGCAGAAGCCUUAUUUGUUUUUGGAGAUUCGUAUGCAGACACUGGAAACCAUGAUCCUUACGAUCAAGCAGUAAAUCAAGCGUGGAGAAGACCAAAUGGUCUAAUUUGGCCUGGUUACCCAGCAGGCAGAAUUUCUUCAGGGAAAAUCCAGACUGACUUUUGGGCGGAUAUAUUGGGUAUUUCCAGUCCCAUCGCUUAUGAGCUGCUCAGAAGUCAUGACUGUAAUGUAAAUGCAAGCAAGAUUAAACAAGGAGUGAAUUUUGCAGUGGGCGGCAGCGGGAUAUUUCGGGCUUUUGGCUUCAAAACAGUUCCAGAACAAGUCCAACAGUUCAAAAAACUGAUUGCCGCAGGUUCAGGGUUCGAUUCCCCAAAGCUGUCGAGGUCUGUAGUGCUUGUCUCUGUAGCUGGAAAUGACUACGCCGCGCUCAGUAGCAGCCAAAGUGGAUCUAUUGAGGGUUUGGUAGAUCUGGUGAAACCUGUAGUGAGCGGCAUACUGGAGGUUGUGAAAGAUCUGUAUGAGACUGGGCUCAGGAAUUUUGUGGUCAGUAAUAUUGCCGCCCUUGGCUGCGGAGCUGAAAUCGGCAAGACGUCCUGCGAUCCCAAAUAUGAUGGCGUUAUAAAUCUCCAUACCAAAUUACUAAUUGACGGCGUGCAUCAUCUCAGGUCGAAUCUGAAGGGGUCGUCCAUUAUAAUUACAGACCUGGACUCGGCAUUUAACUAUAUUUUUCGCAAUUCUGAACAACAUGGGUUUGUGGAUAUGUUCUUCCCAUGCUGUGCUGCGCCAGAUGAUGCAAAAUCUUGUGCAGAAGUAGAUGAAAAAGGAAGGGCUUUAUAUGAGGUUUGUGAUAACGUGGAUGCAAAAUUCUUUUGGGAUUUUGGGCAUCCAACAGAGAGAGGAUGGUUGGAGUUAAUGGCACUUUACAGUUAUGGUGCAGAUGUUGCAGAAGAGGAUAGGAAAUUGAGUUUUGUUCAAGGGGCGGAGAAUAUCAUUGAGUGGAUACAAUCCCUUGGCUUCCUUGCUCACAAUAUUUCACCACAAUCUGCAUUCGCUAUCCUCUGAUUUGACUGACAGGAUCAUUUGUCUCACAACUUGUCACUUACAAAAUACGUGGUUAUAGUUUCAAUAUAUUAAAUGCCUUCUGUGUAA